AUGAAUGAUGGUCAAACGGUAUUUUGGAAUGGAGGUGUGGCGAAUAAAUCUUGGAAUGUAGGACAAAUAUUAUCCAAAAUAUAUGACAAUAAUAAAUCUAAACAAGCGAUUGUUGUUGCCAUUCAUCCUAUUGAUCGUAAUCGAGAAUAUACACAUUCACAUUGGAUGUGGAAACAAACUUACGGUGCAGUUGAUGAUUACAAUAAUUAUAUUGUCAAGUAUGUCAAGCCAUGGAUAGAUAGAAAUUAUCGAACAUUAUCUACAGUAAAACAUACCGUUAUUGCAGGGUCAAGUCUCGGUGGAUUAGCAGCAUUUCAUAUGGCUCUUUCCCAUCCGUCGGUGUUUGGUAUUGCUAUUUGCAUGUCGCCUUCAUUUUGGGCUGGACUCGAUUUUUUACCCUUACCAAUCAUGACUAAAUACUUUAAAUCAUUAGAAACAUCUGAUUUGAUUCGGAAAUACAAUGAUGUUUUACAAUCAAACCAUGUUCCAAUAUUAUACAUUGAUUGGGGUUUAACGACAGCAUGGGAGAUUCAUAAUUCACUCGUAGAACGCCUCGCGGCCAGUCGAUCGAAUGAAAUGGUUGAUUUAUUGACACAGAAAUAUGGUUUUAAACAAAUGGCCGUAGAAUCAGUCCAACAAAUCAAUGAUAAUGAAAAGAUUUUAUUGACAUGUAUUGAUCCAUAUGGUGGACACGAUGAAAUAUGGUGGGACAAAAGACUUUUCACUAUUGUCAACGUUCUUUUUGAUCACAUUUGGAAAUUCCAAUAA